ACGCCAGUCCUCUAGGGGGCAGUGAGGCGCACUGGUCUGCCGGCCAUCAAUAAACACUAAAGAGAAGCGUAGUUACCUUAAAUCAGAUAAAUAGAGUUACCAUAAAUGUCAUUAAGGAGUAUUCAAGAGUACGCAGGUUAAGGAAAGGAAUUCGGUACUCCAAUGGAAAUGGUCUAGAAUGAAAGAGGCACCGUAAUGGACGUCCCAGAAGAUGGCAGCAGCGAAGCCCCGUUGCCGUAAAACACCAAAGAACAAGAUUAUCCAAGAUGGUGACAUUUGCGUGGCAGCAUAAUAGUACGUUAACUGAAGAUAACCCGUGGGGGAGCGAAAUGAAUGUCAUCAAUGAAGCCUCAAGAUUUUUUCAGAUUCACCUUGCAACACACUUCCCCUGGUUGCUGUUGGCUCCCCACCACUCCCCAACUUUGUCCAGAUAUUUUUAAUAACAGCCAUAUGAUCAUCGUCAUCGAGAACACUUUGGAUUGCAUUCAAGAUCUGAACUUGGAGAACGUGACUUCCACCAAUUAGCCAGUGAAAUGAGUUCUUCUGAAGAGUUGAAACAGACGGACACGGACAGCAGCAGAUCCCACCAGUGUCAGAAGUGUAUGAAAUCUUUUAGUCGGAUUUGCAGUCUAAGGAGACAUGAACUCACUCACACAGCAGAGAAACUGUACACCUGUGAACAAUGUGGUGGCAGUUACAGCGAACUAACAGCCUAUAAUAGACAUUUGGAGACCCAUACUGAACAAACUACAUUCUGCUGUGAAAAAUGUGAGAGGUAUUUCAGUGACCAGAGUUCAUAUAGAAAACAUCUACGCGACCACACUGGACCAUACCAGUGUGACCAAUGUGAAAAAACUUUCAGUUACUUCAGUAUUUACAAGAUACACACGCGUGUCCACACUAAAGAAAAGCCAUACAGCUGUGAUCAGUGUCCGAAAACGUUUAGUUUUUUAAGUUCAUACAAGCGACACCAGCUGAGCCACACCGGAGAGAAGCCGUACCAGUGUGACUUUUGUGGAAAGAGUUUUACGCAGUCCGGGCAUUUCAGUCUGCAUCUGCGUAACCACACUGGAGAGAAACCAUACGAGUGUGACCAAUGUGAAAAGAGUUUCAGUGACCUAAGUAGUUACAAGAUACACCUGCGUGUUCAUUCAGGAGAGAAACCAUACUGCUGUAGUCAGUGUGGUAGAAGUUUCUCUCAGUUGGGUAAUUACAAAUCACAUUUGCGUAUUCACACCGGGGAAAAACCUUUCCGCUGUGAACUAUGCGAUAAAAGCUUCUCAAUUUCCAAAACGUAUAAACAACAUGUGCGUACGCACACAGGAGAGAAGCCUUACCAGUGCAAAGAAUGUGGGAAAGGUUUCGGUCGUCUAAGUAAUUACAUGCGUCACCUUCGUAUCCACACGGGAGAGCAACCAUACAGCUGUGACCAAUGCGGGAAAUCUUUCAAUAGUUCAUAUAGUUACAGCCGACACCUGCGUGUGCACACGGGAGAGAAACCAUACUGGUGUUCACACUGCAAGAGACUAUUUACGCGAUCCCAGUCCUUAAAAAAACACCGCUGUAUUGCAAUAGAUGAUGACUACAUGGAUGAGAGAAUGGAUAACAGUCCAACAGUGUGUAAGAAAGAACUGAGUUGCUCACCAACAAGCGACGACCAACAAAAAACAACAAAAUAAUCCAUUGCAUGUUCACGAUAGCUAUGUGGCGCAGAUGUGGCUUUUGUUUGUGUUGGUAAUAGUUUUUAGCAAACAGUGGAGCCUUAUUGCACAGGAAUAUAAUAUCUUCUUGUCUUGUUCUUGUCAAUGUCUUUGGAUACACUCAAUAUUUUCCAUGUCUCUAUUCUGCAUACUCUUAAGCUAGAAUUGAGAAAAAAAAUAAGCUUUUAUGUGUAUGGCACCUUUCUUACAAGAGAUGCAGGCCAAAGCACUUUGAAUUAAAAUAAAUGUUUCAAAAACAAUGUUAAAAAGUGAGUUAACUCAUACUGAAUAAUCUUUUUUUUACCAUUAACUGUAUUUAAGUCAAACAAUAGCUUGCUAUUGGUGAAUCACCAAGCUCAUGUUAACAUAAGUUAUCAGAAUGUGACACUAAUAAUCAUCAUUCAAAGAGGACUGUGGUGAGACUCAAGUGUUAAUUAUGUCAUUUUAAUUUUAUAAGCAGUCAAUUACUCCAAACACAAUUAAAACACUUGACUGAUUUGGAAAUUUGUAUAUUUGUAUAUGUAUAUUAUACUAUGAAGUACUUUUCUGUACAUAGUUACAUUACAAUGUGAAUUAAGAUUAAUUACACAAAAAAUAACACAUUAAACAUUUUUUACGCAUUUUUACACUUAUUUUUUGCACCGCGGAACGUUUCUCACUGGAUGAGUUUUGGAGGACCGAUUAUACUGGAGCAGCAACUAGCGUUCAUGACUUCAGACAACAACAAACCACAGUGAACAUGAACGAAGAAGCUGACGAGACCGUGUCGGUUGGCCCCGUGAAUGGGACAUUUUAUUAUAAUAAACACACGGAUGGAAGCGUCGAUAAGAGCGUGGUUGUGUGCAAGCUGUGCAACAAGGAAUUCACAUCGAGCCUCAAGUAUCACCUCAACACAAAACAAUUAGCAGCUAGCGUGGACGUUAGCACGACUACGAGUACAAGGACCCACACACAACCCACACUGCACCAGAUGACUGGUUUAAGGACCAGGGUAACUAAGUCCACGUCUGAAAAAAUAACCAAUGUUCUGAAUGUACUUGAAAGUAUUGGUCUACUUAAAAAAACCUAUUUUACAGAAGGUCUACUUACCUAUAGGCUACCUGAAUUUCUGAAAGUACUAUAUUUCUAAAUAUGCUAUUUCUACACUUGUCUGCUGGAAUUGGUUGAACAAAAAUAAAAAUCCAUGUGAAAAAAAUUACUUCUCACUGUUCUCAGGUCAAAUAUUUAUGCAAUUAAAAUGCGAUUAAUUUCGAUUAAUUAAUUACAAAGCCUCUAAUUAAUUAGAUUCAUAUUUUUAAUCGAGUCCCGGCCCUAAUAUUAAUACUAGAUGAAAUAAAUGUUUGAAUAGAUGACGUUUGAAAUAAAGGUUUUAUUCGCAUCUGCAAAUGACUGAACAUUUAAACUACACAUCAACAUUUUAGAUAAGUUUGAUUGGACUAUAACACAGGUCACUAAAAGCUAAAAUGCCAAAUGAAGAUAAUCUUGACGUUUCUGAAUUUGAUGUAGUCUGUCAUUCUGAUAUCUGAAGUUUGAAUUUGAAGUCUGCCUACAUGUGUUCUUUAUUGAUAUACAAGUAAUCAUGGAAUUAGAAUUACCUUUUUAUUAAUUAUUGAACUAUUGCAUUUUUAAAGUUAUUCAUGUAAAAUGUUUACCUACAUCUUUUGAUAAAUAAUCUAUGAUAUACAGACUCACAUGAUUGACGAAACUAUUAAAUAAUGU